ACAGAGGAGAGAGUCUGUCCAAUCUGCGAUUAGAGACCAUCACAUUCAGUCACACUACCACCACCCCGGACUCUAUCACUGAAUGACCACUUCUUCUCCACUUUCAACAUCCAAUUAACAGCGCAAAACUGGAAAGCAAAAUAGUAGUUUUUUUUCUAUUCUUCCCUUUUUAGCUAUUUAAAGGGAACACGUUGAAUUUCGACGAGGAGGUGCAGGGCCGUGAUGUCAAAGAGCUGAGGACAGUCUCAUUCAAUAUGGAGUUCGGAGAGCGGCUGGUCUCCCCGUCACCGUCCUCCUUUCACAUGGCCUCCCCUCCAGCCGGCUCCUCCCCUGCUCCACCCAAAACACCCUCCACUAAGAGCAGCCCGGCCCCAAGCCCCGCAGGCAGCUCCCCUCUUAGCACCUGUGGCAAGUUGUUAAGGACAACAGGGAAUGAACAUUUCAAUCUGCCUCCCAGCUCCAACGGCUCUCCUCUAGUCAGCCAUCCAGCUUUCGGUCUCUUCUCAUCGAGCUCAGGCCGCUCUGAGUUUGGAGGCCUUGGAAGUCUUGGCUUGUCUGCUCUGGCUGCUCACUCCCAGUUUGGUACUAUUCCAGACUGGUGGCGGCCGUCUGAGGCACAUGUCAGAGGAGCAGCAGCGUUCUUCCCUCCUCUUCUGGGGCUGCAUCCUUUAUUCGCAUCAACAUUCAAAGGGCAAGAUCAAGUUUCUUUGCAGACGCAUACCUCAGGUGCGAUUGGAACAGUGAAUGGUAGGAGUGUUUCUUCUCCAACUGGGAAAUAUACCAUGAACACCAGUUCCCUUCCAACAAAGAGAAACAAGGACAAAACUGGAGCCAGCUGUAAUACAAAGAGCAGCCAGGACCAGGGCCAACUGCAACAGAAGACUAUUCAGAAGACAAAAGAAAAGAAACCCAUUAAAAGACCACUUGAGACCUCCAGCAUGAGUGGCAGCCAAUCAGGAUCCCUGUCAGACAGCUCCAGUUGUGGCGAGGAGAGCAGCAGUGAUCCCGAUGAUAUUGAGGAGGACAACGAUGAAGAUGAGGAAGAUCAGAGCGUUGACAGUGAGGACUCUGAUUCUGAUAAAGAGAGUCGAAUGAAAAGGAGAGUGAAGCGGCUGACACAGAACACUUCAGAGAGCAGAAAGAAGGGAUCUUGCACUGCUGAUGGCGGUACGACUCAAGACAGUCAUGGUGACGGUGUCCCUUUGACUUCAUACUCCUCUGCUCAUCGUGCUGGCCUGCCACACUCCUCGGCGCUGUUCCUCAAGAGCUCAAAGUCUGCAGGGGAGGACAGCCAGCAGUACAUCAGUGUCAUCCAGACCACGGGGUCGGCAGCCGGAAACAGUCCCUCUGGAAAUUCCCACAGAGAGGCUUCAUCCAACCCUAACUCCUUGGCCAACUCACCCAAACACUUGCCUCCUUCCCCCUCACCAAAGCACAGCUCUGUCUCCUCUUCUCCUAAACCUCUCGCUCUCUGCUCUCCUUCAAAACCUCUUCCUCUUUGUUCCUCACCCAAACCGCUCUCCCUCUCCUCUUCACCCAAACAACCAACACUUGUAACCUCCCAGAAGCCCAAACACACACCCAGAUUAUCGAAGCCGCCUUCGAAACAGAGGCAGCUGGAGUACAAUGGAAAUGACCUUGAUGAAAGAUCGUUACAUCUGAAUGGCUUUAAAUUGUGCUCUAAACAACCCCUCCAUUCCAAGGACCCUGUGAAGCCAGCUUCCUCUCUGCCGCUGAAGAGCCAUGACCAGUCUAAAAGUCCAGCAUCCUCCACAUCGUUGUCGACACCUGACAGACAUUGGUCAGAUCCCAGGAGCAGUCAUUUACUGUCUCUCCCGUACAGCAACAACAACAAUCUGUUCCUGAAUCACCCUCUUAAUGGACUGCACCACAGUGCAGUUCAGGAAGCCCCUUUGGCCCUCAUCACUAAACCCCGCAGCCAGAGAAGCAGCAGCCCCAGCAGCAAGCCCCUCCUGGCAGCCACCAGCCCUCCAUAUCCAAUGCCCAUCAACCUGAGCACUGGCACCAAGGACAUGUCAGGCAGCUCUUCUUCCUCGCUCAAAUCUUCUGCCUCAUCAGGUCUGGAUUACAGACCAAGGAAGACUAAAUCUAGCAUGUCUCUGCAUACGGGAAAGAGCCUCUCUAAAACCAGCUCAUCGCGUCCACUUGUAGACUUGGUCCGAGGCAGGGAGUCUGACUUCCACAGCAGCAAGCACUCUGAUGACUCCUUAGGGGAUGACUAUGAUGAUGAUGAUGAUGAUGAUGACGACGACGACGAUGAUGAUGACGACGACGACGAUGAUAUUGAGGAUGAAGAUUCUCUCAGUAGCUCAUCAGAGUUUGAGAGCAACCUGGACAGCAACUCCGACUUCACAGAGGAUGAAAUGAAGGAGGGCGGUGGGACAAAAGUAGAUACCAAUACAGACAGGACUCCUCUUAAGCGUGCUAAACCUUCUGCGUCUACCCCACAGUCCUCCUCCUCCUCCUCCUCUUACUCCUCGGAUCUCUCAGCAAACUGCUCCCUGCUUAACCUGCAGAUCAUUAAGCCUCCAAGUUUACCAAGAAGCCUACUCAACCCGAUCUCCACAGUGAGCAGCUCGGGGGCACCGAGCAACCACACCGCCUUAUUGCCACCCUUCACAUUUGCUGCACUGCCAGGAUCAGGGAAGAGGAGGAGAGUUACAGAUGAGAGAGUUCUGCGGCUGCCUCUAGAAUUUGGAUGGCAGAGAGAGACCAGAAUCAGGACUGUGGCAGGUCGUCUACAAGGAGAGGUGGCUUACUAUGCUCCAUGUGGAAAGAAGCUGCGUCAGUAUCCUGAUGUAAUGAAGUACUUACUGAGGAAUGGAAUAACGGAAAUCUCACGAGAAAACUUCAGCUUCAGUACGAAAAUCAAAGUUGGAGACUUCUAUGAAGCCAGAGAAGGACCAGUGGGUUUACAGUGGAUUCAGCUGACAGAGGAGGAAAUCGCUCCCAGUAUCAUAGCCAUGGACGGGAGACGUAGCCGCUCCACAAAGUCUGAGCACCAGCCAACAGGUGAAGGCGCAGCGGGCAGACAGUGGCAGUCUCAUCCUGUGAACAUUGGGGAAAAUAACUUCCAAGAUGUCAAUGAUGCCAAGCUGCUACGCAAACUGGAGGCUCAAGAAAUAGCCCGACAAGCUGCUCAGGUCAAAAUGAUGAGGAAACUCGAGAGGCAGGCUAUGGCACAAGCUGCAAAGGAGGCAAGGAAGCAACAAGCUAUAAUGGCUGCAGAGGAGAGGCGGAAAAAGAGGGAGCAGAUAAAGAUUCUAAAACAGCAAGAGAAGAUCAAGCGCAUUCAGCAAAUUCGUAUGGAGAAAGAACUCCGUGCACAGCAAAUUCUCGAGACAAAAAGAAAGAAGAAAGAAGAAGCAGUCAAUGCCAAAAUAUUGGAGGCCGCAAAGAAAAACAAGGAGAAGGAGAUGCGUAGACUUCAUGCUGUAAUACUGAAGCACCAGGAGUUGGAGAGGCAUAGACUAGAUAUGGAGAGGGAAAGACGCAGGCAGCACAUGAUGCUCAUGAAGGCUGUGGAGGCCCGUAAAAAGGCUGAGGAGAAAGAGCGUCUAAAGAAGGAGAAGAAGGACAAGAAACUGCUAAACAAGGAGAGGAAACUGGAGCUUAGGAGACUGGAACUUGAGAAAGCGAAGGAGCUGAAGAAGCCAAAUGAAGACAUGUGUUUAGCAGAUCAUAAGCCGCUUCCAGAGUUGUCGCGGAUCCCUGGUCUGGUCUUACCGGGGAACACUCUCUCAGACUGCCUGAUGGUGCUGCAGUUUCUGCACAGCUUUGGGAAAGUCCUGAAGUUAGACAUAAACCUGAACACACUCAACCUAAGUGACCUUCAGGGCGGCUUGCUCAACAUCGGGGACAGUAUGGACAAGGUGCAGGACCUGCUGGUGAGCAUGCUCUCUGCAGCAGUGUGUGACCCCGGUGUACCUGCAGGUCACAAGAAUAAGACGGCCUUGGGGGACCACCUGACUAACGUGGGGAUCAAUAGAAACAACGUGUCUGAGAUCCUGCAGAUCUACAUGCAGGCUCACUGUGAGCAGGCGGAGCUGGCUGCUCUGGCGCUCAGCCUCAGGACCAAAGCUUUUCAGGCCCACAGUCCGUCACAGAAAGCCUCUCUGCUUGCAUUCCUGGUGAAUGAGCUGUGCUGCAGUAAGGCUGUGAUCAGUGAGAUCGACAAGAACAUAGAUCACAUGACCAGCCUGAGGAAGGAUAAGUGGGCCAUCGAGGGGAAGCUCCGCAAACUGAGGAGAAUCCAUGCCAAGAAGACAGGAAAGAGAGACAGCAGUAUAGGGGGAGAUGACAGCCACACCUUCAUUAUCCCUACAUCUAGAAACAAAUCCAAGAGGAAAGAAGGGGACAGUGAGGAAGAGGAGGACGAGGAUGAUGACAGUGAAGACCGAGGAGACGACGACGAUGAGGAGGAAGAAGAAUCGGGGGGGAAAAAGGGAAAGACGGCAGAGAUGUGUGAAGAAGAGGAUGACAGUGUUCACUCAGCCAGUAUGGAGGAACUGGAGAAACAAAUAGAGAAAACACACAAGCAACAGAGUCAGAUUAGACAGAAGUUAUUGGACUCAUCUCUCUCACUGCGCUCCAUGACCAUUGGACAGGACCGCUACAAGAGGUGUUACUGGGUCCUUCCACAGUGUGGCGCCAUCUUUGUAGAAGGCAUGGAGAGCGUUGAAGGUUGUGAAGAGGUGGAGAAGGAGAAGAAAAGACAGAGGCCUGCUCAUGUGAUCAGGAUAAAUGAAGAGCACGUGGAGUCAGGGGUUUCCCCCCCAGUACUGUGCACAGGUGGUAAUACAUCCACACCUGAAAACCAGCGGGACAACGAGAGUCUCAAUCUCUUCCUUCAAAAACCAGGCUCCUUCUUUAAGCUUAGCAAGCUCCUUGAAGUAGCAAAAAUGGCUCAUGAUUCCGACUUCAACUGUCAAAGCAAUCAUAACGUUGACUCUACACAAGUCCCGAGUGCAGCAUCUCUUCCCCCAUAUCCCAACUCUCAGACAGCCAGUGCUCACCAGGGACCGACAGAUGCCGACACUUCAGAGUCGUCUCAGCUGAUUGGCUCUCAACAUCAGUCCAUCCUCCAUGACGACCAGCUCUCAAAGACACUGACGGAGAAGACAAACCAGUGGUUUAGCCUCUUGCCUCGCUCUCCUUGUGACGAGUCCACUGUAACCUCCAGAUCAAGUCCAACCGCCUCGUUCUCUCCUCUGCAGACCAACGGCAACAAAUCCCCCUCCUCCCUCUCCCCUGAUCCCCAAGCUGCAGACAGCUCCAGUGUUCCUGCUGAGGUCAAAAACAUGGAGUCAUCUGUCCUUCAGCAAUUUCAGUCAGGCAUUCACCAAAGCAGACGGACAAUGUGUGACAUGUCAAGCGCCUCAACAACUCCCCGCCUGCCCUUCUCUGGUACUUCUCUACCCCCCGUGCUGGAUGUGUUCUCCCAUUAUGCAGAGGGUAAUGUGAACAGGGUCCUUUUCCUGGCAAACAACAACAAGAGCGAGACCCCGGAACCCCCGAGUGACAAGCCAGCCUGCGCCUCAUUCCCUGCUGUGGAGGCGGCGAAGACUCAGGACUACCCCAGUCCUCAGCCCAUCCCCGAGGAGAUGCUGUGUGGCUGGUGGAUGGUGUCUGACAUGGACCAACUGCACAGCCUGGUUGAGGCGCUUCACAACCGGGGCAUCAGAGAGAAGUUCUUACAGAAACAGGUCCAAAAACAUAUGGAGUACAUGACCCAUCUCUGCAGCAACAGCAAAAAUGUGAUCGAUGUGGCACAGCUGGAGAAGCAUGAGGUGAGUGAGGCGACGGUGGAGAGUUGGUCUGUGGAGGAGCAGGCCAUGGAGGUGGACAUCAGCUUGUUGCAGCAGGUCGAGGAGCUGGAGAGGAAAGUUGUCACUGCCAACCGGCAGAUCAAGGGCUGGAUGCAUCCUGAGUCUCAGUCAGAGAGGGAGGAUCUGGUCUAUCAUGAGCACGAGCUCUUCUCAUGUUCCCCUGCUCCAGGGAGAAAUAGACAGAGAGAAACCAGCCAGGAGGAACUUCCCGGCAGCGUGGUGCGGCAGCCCAACAAUCCCCUUGAUAUAGCUGUCAUCAGGCUGGCAGAGCUGGAGAGGAACAUCGAACGAAGCAGUGAGGAAGCGGUCGCCCCGGGAAUGAGGUUGUGGCAUAAAGCUCUCGGUGAGGUCCGCAGCUCGGCUCAGCUGUCCCUCUGCAUUCAUCAGCUGCAGAAAACCAUCACCUGGGAACGAUCCAUCAUGAAAGUGCAUUGCCAGCUCUGUCAGAAGGGGGAUAAUGAAGAACUGCUCUUACUCUGUGACAGCUGUGACAAAGGCUGCCACACAUACUGCCAUAAACCCAGAAUCACCACAGUACCUGAUGGCAACUGGUUCUGUCCCACAUGUGUAGCAAAGUCCUCUCUGUGUGCUGUCACUCAGGAGAGUGGUCAGUCCCCCCGGAGCAGGAGACAUCAGAGCCGAACAGCUGGAGGAGGGAAGAAAGGCAGCGAGGUAAAACGAAAUAGCAAGCCAUCUGUGGUAGGAGAGCUCAUCAGAGAGGAGGCUGCCAGCAGCAACGGCUCGCCAAAGAAAGGUACCAAGGAGUUCAAGUGGAGGAAAGGAGACGACAGCUCACACAGCUCCCAGGCCGAGCAUGACAGCCCCUCCUGUGCAAAGAAAGCUAAAACAGCAAAAGACAACAACACAAAUGGGCUGGAGACGUGUCGAGCGCUGCUGGCUGAGCUGGAGGCCCAUCAGGAUGCUUGGCCUUUCCUCACACCGGUCAAUCACAAAUCUGUCCCUGGAUACAGGAAGGUUAUUAAGAAGCCCAUGGACUUCUCCACCAUCAGAGAAAAGCUCAACAGCAACCAGUACUUGAAUUUGGAAAGUUUCAUUGUCGACGUGAACCUUGUUUUCGAGAACUGUGAAAAGUUUAAUGAAGACGAUUCACAAAUUGGACGAGCCGGCCACAGCAUGAGGAGAUUUUUUGACAAACGAUGGACUGAACUGUUGCAGUAAAAUACUGUGUCCCAGGUGGAACUUUCUAAACGUAUCAAACUUCAUCUUUAGUGCUGAAGGCUUGUCCUUCAACUGUUGCACUAAAUCAACACAGCGACCUAGUAACACUGAUGUGCAAUGAGAAAGGACAAAUUCUCCUGCUAAGAUAAUACGUCAUGGUUUUUACCUCAAAGUGCAAUACUGUUCUCUUUUUCAAACUCUACUGACUCUUGGACUCAACAUUCUCUACAUUUACACUGUAGAUAUUGGAGGUCAUUGUUUUUGUUUUUUUACCAUCAGUACAUAAGUGUGUAUGUAUUUAUUUUCUUUAUUAUUUAUGUUAAAGUUUGUAUUUUAGAAAAAAACAAACAGAAAAUCACACACAGCUUUAAAAAAAAAAAAAAAACUAAAGAUAAUUUGAUGGACUAUCGAACAAGUCAAAGAAUUAUUGUUUACAGCUUUUUGACCAUAAGGUCACAGCAGUACUUAACGUUCAACUGCAUUUCUGAGUUACAUGUGAAAUACAGAGAGGGAUCACUGUCACAUUUAAAGUCUGAUUUUCAAAAUGUACAUAGCAGUCUUGUGAAAAUAUAGUGAAUGCAUACAGAUGACUGUAGCACUUCAUAUGUCUGUCUUCUGUCUGUGCUGAAAAUCUACUGUUAACACUGUGGUCUACUCAGUAUUGCAGUGCCUGACCUCUUACCUCCACACAGUGUGCUGAGUGUUGUUUUUUUCAGUGUGUGUACUAUAUGUUUGUCCUGCACAAUAUAUCGCAGGAAAACCUUAUACAAAAUGUAAACUCUGAGAGAAUCAAUGUGGUGCACUAAAGUGUGUUUCACCUCCAAGCAUUUCCUUCAGCCACAGUCCUGUCAGACAUCCUGCGGACAGUCGUGAAACCUGCACCAGGCUUUAUCCAGCAGGGAGUCACGGCCCAGCGGAGGCGUCUCUAGACAGCUGAAGCCAGAAGAUUUGAAGUAACUGUAUUUUAUUAUGAAUGUUCUGAAAUAUGAGUAGCAACUUUUUGAGCUAAUGUUAUUUUUUAAAUUGGAUGUGUGGCACAGUUAAAAUAAACCUGUUUUUCAAAAUAAAAGCUGUCAGGCCCUCACUGUGGCCCAAAUGUUA